AUGGAAGUAUUCACUGAACCAGUGGAUGUGCUGAAAGUAUUAGACUUUCACAAUUCCCACGAAGGAGUUAGGAAAACAUCAGGAUUUUGCACAAACCGAAGAGCAUCUGAGCCGGACACAGCCUACAGAGUUGGAAAGCAAGCCCAGAUCAGUGCCCCCACCAAGAAGCUUUUCCCAGGGGGUGUGUUCCCUGAAGACUUCUCCAUCCUGACCACCCUCAGGCCCAAGGCCGGCCUCCAGUCCUUCCUGCUGUCUGUUUACAGUGAGCAGGGCGUGCAGCAGCUGGGGGUGGAGGUGGGACGCUCACCCGUCUUCCUGUAUGAGGACCAGAGCGGCAAGCCCGCCCCUGAGGACUACCCCCUGUUCCGCUCUCUCAACCUGGCCGACGGAAAGUGGCAUCGUGUGGCCAUCAGUGUGGAGAAGAAGAUGGUCACCAUCAUCGUGGACUGUAAACAGAAGAUCACCAAACCCCUCCUCAGGAGUGACCGUGCCUCCAUCAACACCAACGGCAUCACCGUGUUCGGAACCAGGAUCCUUGACGAGAACGUCUUCCAGGGUGACAUCCAGCAGCUGCUGAUUGUGGCCGAUCCUAAUGCAGCUUAUGACUACUGUGAACACUACAGCCCCGACUGUGAAACUCCCCACGGCCACUCCUUACAGGCCCAGCAGCCUGAAGACCAGUACACUACUACUGAUGCCUUAGAUUACAGUCAGUUUUAUGAUUACUCUGAAGUAGAAGGAGAGACAGAGACUGUUCCAACAGACGACUAUGAGGCCGGUAGUGACCCACAGAGAAAGAAACGUAGUAUCUACAUGAAAAAGAAGAGGGCUCGAAAGUCCCUUAAGUCUAAGGCUAAGCCCCUAAUGUUCCUGGCCUCUAGAAAGCCAGCAGCCCCUAAUGCAGUGGAGGAGGAGAUGGUUGCCGGUGACUACGUGGUCACUGGAGCUGCCCCACUGGGUCAGGACCCCCCCGCCGCCCCCCAGGCUGGCCUGGACAGUGUGGACCCCGGAGUGGACGAGUAUGACUUUAAGGAGUAUGACCUAGGGGGCGAGUUGGACAAUAAGCAGUAUGAGUACGGGGUGUAUGAUGAGAAUGGCAAUGAGCUACCCAACCCCACUGUUACCGUCGGUGAAGAGGUGGGGCUGGGGGUUCCCGCGGAAACGGAGGAACUCACCCAGACUGCCGUGGCUGGUGGUGGGGAGAAAGGCGAGAAGGGAGAACCCGCUGUGAUUGAACCUGGCAUGCUGAUUGAAGGCCCUCCUGGACCUGCAGGCCCAGCUGGUCUCCCAGGCCCCUCGGGGCUACAUGGACCCCCUGGUGUUGCUGGAGAUCCGGGUGACAGGGGUCCCGCAGGGCGGGCUGGUCUUGCAGGAGCCGACGGUUUGCCAGGUCCUCCUGGUACCAUGUUGAUGCUGCCAUUCCGUUUCGGAGGGGAUGGAGAGAAGGGUCCUGUGGUGUCUGCUCAAGAGGCCCAGGCACAGGCUAUUCUCUCCCAGGCCAGACUCGCCAUGAGAGGUCCCUCAGGUCCAAUGGGUCUCACAGGAAGAUCUGGUCCAGUGGGUGUUCCUGGUUCUUCUGGACUUAAAGGUGAUGCCGGAGACCCUGGUCCUCAGGGCUCCAGGGGAGUCCAAGGGUCUGCAGGACAAAUAGGCAAAUCUGGCAAGAGGGGUCGUGGUGGAGCCGGGGGCGCCCGAGGAAUGCCUGGAGAGUCAGGGUCUAAGGGAGACGGAGGCUUCGAUGGCCUACCCGGCCUACCUGGUAACAAGGGACACAGGGGGGAGACAGGAUCAAUUGGACCUCCUGGAGCCCCUGGAGAGGACGGACAAAGAGGCGAGGAUGGAGAAAUCGGGCCAAGGGGAUUGGCUGGAGAGAGCGGUCCUAGAGGUCUGCUUGGGCCAAACGGUCCACCUGGGCCCAAUGGACAGCCUGGUGUAGCUGGAGUGGAUGGUCCUCACGGUCCAAAGGAAACAUGGUAUGAACACUGUCAUAAUGGCUCCCCUGGUGAGAGAGGUGGUGCUGGACCUGCUGGCCCAAUCGGUCUGUCUGGUAGAACUGGCUCUCAGGGGCCCCCAGGGCCUGCUGGAGAGAAGGGAGGGCCUGGCGAGAAAGGUCCCCAGGGACCAUCUGGCCGUGACGGAGUCCAAGGCCAAGUGGGUCUGCCUGGCCCUGCCGGACCUCAGGGUCCACCCGGAGAGGACGGUGACAAGGGAGAGGUUGGAGAGCCAGGUCAGAAGGGAAGCAAAGCAGACAAGGGUGAACAGGGUCCUCCCGGGCCAGCUGGUCUCCAGGGACCCAUUGGUGCUCCUGGACCUGCAGGAGGUGAUGGAGAGCCCGGUCCCAGGGGUCAGCAGGGGAUGUUCGGACAGAAGGGAGACGAAGGAUCCAGAGGUUUCCCCGGGCCCCCUGGUCCCAUCGGUCUGCAGGGUCUUCCUGGACCUCCAGGCGAGAAGGGGGAGAAUGGUGACGUUGGUCCGAUGGGUCCUCCCGGCCCCCCUGGUCCCAGAGGUACCCAAGGUCCUAGUGGAGCUGAUGGUGCACAAGGUCCUCCUGGUGGUGUGGGUGCUAUGGGAGGCGUGGGUGAGAAGGGUGAAAACGGUGAAGCUGGCAACCCUGGAACCCCUGGAGAGCCUGGAACUGGAGGACCUGAAGGCGAGAGAGGAGACAAAGGAGAGGCAGGACCACCUGGAGCUUCCGGACCCGCAGGCGCCAAAGGACCCCCUGGAGACGAUGGACCCAAGGGAAAUCCUGGGCCGGUUGGUUUCCCUGGAGACCCUGGUCCACCUGGUGAAGCUGGUGUUGCUGGAACUGAUGGCUCUGCAGGAGAGAAAGGAGAGGAUGGUGAAUCUGGUCAACCUGGUCCCCCUGGUCCAUCUGGUGAAUCUGGUCCCCCUGGUCCCCCCGGCAAGAGAGGCCCCCCAGGAUCUGCCGGUACAGAGGGUAGACAAGGAGAGAAGGGCACCAAGGGUGAGUCUGGAGCCGAGGGACCCCCAGGUAAAGCUGGCCCCGUCGGCCCCCAGGGGCCCUCGGGGAAGACCGGUCCAGAAGGUCUGCGUGGAAUCCCCGGCCCCGUUGGUGAACAAGGUAUUCCUGGUUCUUCUGGACAAGACGGCCCACCUGGACCUAUGGGACCCCCUGGUCUCCCAGGUCUGAAGGGUGACCCCGGCACCAAGGGUGAAAAGGGUCAUCCAGGUCUGAUCGGUCUGAUUGGACCCCCUGGCGAGCAGGGAGAGAAGGGAGACAGAGGCCUGCCUGGACCCCAGGGUUCUCACGGAGGCAAGGGCGACGGUGGUAUCAGUGGAGCUUCAGGUCCUCUCGGUCCCCCUGGCCCUCCUGGUCUGCCUGGCCCUGGAGGUCCUAAGGGAGCUAAGGGUUCAUUGGGUCCUGCUGGUCAGAAGGGAGACACCGGUACGAUUGGUUCACCUGGUCCUCCUGGUCCCCCUGGUGAGGUGAUCCAGCCACUGCCCAUCCAGUCGCCCAAGAUGAACCACAGACACGCAGACAUGCAGGCGGACGCGGCGGCUACCAUGAUGGACUACGGAGAGGACAUCUUUGGCUCGCUCAACAACCUCAAACAGGACAUGGAGAGGAUGAAGUACCCCAUGGGCACACAGAACAACCCAGCCAGGACCUGCAAAGACCUGCAGCUCGCCCACCCAGAGUUCACCAACGGCGAGUACUGGAUAGAUCCUAACCAGGGAUGUUCAGGGGACUCGUUCUCUGUCCACUGUAACUUCACGGCUGGAGGAGAGACCUGCAUCUUCCCAGAUAACAAGUUCAGAGGAGUCAGAAUAUCUUCAUGGCCCAAAGAACUUCCAGGGUCGUGGUUCAGUGAAUUUGAGCAUGGUAAAAUAUUUUCAUACGUUGACGCAGCCGGUAACACAAUAAGUGAAGUUCAGAUGACCUUCCUGAAACUACUGACUGCCUCGGCCAGGCAGAACUUCACCUAUAGCUGCCACCAGUCUGUGGUGUGGCACGAUGAGACCGCAGACAGCUACGACAAGGCGCUGCGAUUCCUAGGAUCCAACGAUGAGGAGAUGUCCUACGACAGCAACCCUUACGUCAGGGCCCUCACAGACGGAUGUGCGACGAGGAAGGGCUACGGAAAGACUGUGAUGGAGAUUAAUACUCCCAAGAUCGAUCAGGUUCCCAUCAUUGAUGUCAUGUUGAAUGACUUUGGAGAUGCCAGCCAGAAGUUUGGAUUUGAAGUGGGUCCAGUCUGCUUCCUUGGCUAA